AUGGUCCGAGACUCAGCAAUCAAAUCAUCGGAUAAGGGGGUCCGUAUCAAGACGUGGCGAGGGUCUGGGGCUGUUUCUAGAGUGACAUUCGACAACAUCUUCAUGGACAAUGUUCGGAACCCCAUCAUAAUUGACCAGUUUUACUGCCUUGCCAAGGAGUGCACCAACCACACUUCGGCAGUGCUAGUGUCGGACGUGCUCUACACGAACAUAAAGGGCACAUACGACGUGCACAGCUCACCGAUGCACUUUGCUUGCAGCGACUUGGUCCCAUGCACAAACAUAACGAUAUCAGACAUCGAGCUUCUUCCGGAUCGGACCCUUUUUGUUGGAAUGCUUAUGGGGAUACGGAGGCACUGA